CGUACCCUUGACAAUCGACCUUUCAGCGAUAAACCGAGCCUCUACACUAAAGUUGACACAGUUAAUUUCGACUAUCAUGGCUUCCUCCGAGUUCGAUGUCUAUCAAUCCCCGCUCAAUACUCGCUAUUGUAGCGCGGAGAUGAAGCAUCUCUUCUCUGCCCGGAAACGAUUCUCCACAUGGCGCCAGUUAUGGACAUGGCUGGCGGAGGCAGAACAGCAAUUGGGAAUAAAUAUAACUGAUGAGGCGUUGGAGCAGAUGCGUGCCCAUCAGACCAUUACAGAUCAAGAGCUUGCCGAUGCUGCAGUGGAAGAAAAGCGCAGACGACACGAUGUGAUGGCACAUGUCCACGUCUACGGACAAACUUGCCCCGCCGCCGCUCCUAUCAUUCACCUUGGCGCGACAUCGUGCUAUGUCACUGAUAAUGCGGACUUGAUCUUCCUUCGUGACGGCCUGGAUAUACUCCUCAAGAAGUUGGCUACUGUUAUCGCAAGGCUGUCCGAGUUUGCAAAGCAGUAUAAGGAUCUUCCCUGCCUAGCAUACACUCAUGGCCAACCUGCGCAACUCACUACAGUUGGCAAAAGAAUGUGCCUCUUCAUUACAGAUCUGUUGAUGGACCUCCAUAAUCUUGAACAUGCUAAGAAAUCCCUUCUUUCUUGGUUUCGAGGUUGCAAAGGCACCACUGGGACGCAGGCGUCAUUCCUCCAAAUCUUUCAUGGCAAGGAUGACCUCGUUGAACGCCUUGAUGAACUUGUGACAGAGAAAGCUGGUUUUGAUAAGGCCUUCACCAUCACUUCUCAAACAUACACGAGAAAAGUGGAUACCAAUAUCAUCAACUAUCUUGGAGAGUUUGGGGCUACUUGCGAGCGUGUCGGAGGCGACAUUCGUCGUUUGGCCGCGAUGAAAGAGAUGGAAGAGCCAUUCGAAAAAGACCAGAUUGGCUCAUCUGCGAUGGCCUAUAAAAGAAACCCCAUGCGCUCGGAGCGCCUCUGCUCUCUCGGGCGUCAUCUGCAAUGUUUAACCCAAAAUGGACUCACUAACUAUGCUGCUCAGUGGUUUGAACGUAGCUUGGACGACUCUGCUAAUCGUCGCAUUACUCUUCCUGAGGCCUUUCUUACAGCCGAUGCAUGCCUGAUACUAUUAGAUAACAUAUCAAACGGUUUAGUCGUCUACGAGAAGGUUAUUGCUUCUCGAGUUGCUGCUGAACUUCCCUUUAUGGCCACUGAGAAUGUCAUCAUGGCUUUGGCACGCCAUGGCGUAAGCCGCCAAGAAAGCCAUGAGGAAAUCCGGGUGCUGUCUCACCAAGCCGCGGCAGUUGUGAAGAACGAAGGCGGACAAAACGACCUGAUUGAACGAAUCAAGCGGACAGCUUUUUUCAAACCAAUUAUUGGCGAGCUCGAUGAACUCUUGGACCCGAGCAGCUUCAUUGGCAGGGCACCUCAGCAAGUGGAGAAAUUCAUUACUGAAGAAGUUGACAGGGCUCUUGAGCAAUAUAAAAUUGAUGUAAGACUUGCCCUCGGAGUUCUUGAUUUUGUAUGCUGACAAGAAUCCUACUUUAGCUCGUCAAUACUGCGGCGGCAGACCUCAAGGUCUAAGAACCUUCAAAGACCGUUACAUUGGUUGCAGCGCGCCAACAGAUUUGUUUAGAUUACGCCAAAAGGAGUUCCUUCUGCUCUUUGUAGAAAAAACUAAGGUUUAUAAAAGCAAUUGGAUGAUACACAUAUAAAU